AUGAAAGAGAUUGAAAACGUGUCGUGCAUUCGGUUUAAAAAAACCACAAACAAAGAGGACAUAGAUUUGGCAAAAGAGGUGACAAUUGAGGAGCACUUGUAUACACUAAACAAGUUGUGCCAAACACUGGGCACGAGCUGCGAGUCGGGUAUCAGUGAUAGUGAGGCCGAUGUGCGACUCAAACGGGACGGACCUAACGCUUUCACACCACCCAAACAGACCGCGUGGUAUAUACUACUGGGCCGGCAGAUGACCACCGCGUUUGCCAUUAUUUUAUGGAUUGCCUCUAUCAUCUGUUUUAUAUGCAGUGGCUUGCCUAACAGCUCGAGUAGUCAGCUUGAAUAUAUUAUUAUCGGAGUAGCACUGGCCCUAGUGGUGAUAAUAACUGGAACAUAUUCAUAUUCACAGGAAGCAAGCAGUAGCAAGAUAUUUAAAUCGUUUAAAAAUAUGAUCCCGCAGCAAACUGUAGUAAUCAGGGGUGGGCAGCGAAAGGAAGUUCCGGCCAACCUAUUAGUGGUCGGCGAUCUAGUCUACUGCAAAAGUGGAGACCGUAUCCCGGCUGACANAUAGUAAGAU